AAGUAUGUGUACAUAUACAAGGAAUUUGACUCCGAUUUUUCGUUGAGUGAAAAUACAUUUAGUCAGACUGGUUAUUGCACUUUAAUUGAAUUGAAUAAUUGAACAAACCAAAGGUCUUUCAUCGAGUGUUAAUUUGGAUUGUGUCUUUUUCCUGAAAGUCGUGAACGCAGCAUCAGAAUCCCGCCUCCUCCUCCUCCAGUUCCGGUUUAGACCAACAUGGCGGCUGUUCGCUGACAGCCAGCAGCUCUUCAGAUUAAACUCCGAGUUUAUAUUAAUAUAUACAGUUUUCUAAUGAAAUACAUCAACUCAGAGACAUUUUCUGUUUGACUUCAGCUCGUUAAAACCUGCAGUGUGUCUGUAACUCUGCUGACGGCUGUUCACCAGAAACCAAUAAACCCAGUUUGAGUUCUCACCAUGAUCAGACCCAGAUGAACCAGUUCUGGUCCUGCAUGGUGAUGGAUCCGGUCUGACCGACCCUGGUAGACCACUGGAGUCAUGGAGAAGUUCGGGAUGAGUUUCGGGGGUGGUCCCAGCAGGAAGGAUUUGCUGGACACCAUCGAGUCCCAGAAGAAGCAGCUGGUCCAGUACCAGACCCGCUUCAAGGACGUGGUCCAGGCCUAUAAGAGUCUUCUGAAGGAGAAGGAGGCUCUGGAGGCCAGUCUAAAGGUCCUAACAGUGACCCAGGAGGUGGACCUGAACCAGCAGGGCCAGGACACCGUCACCUCGGACCUCCUAGAGGAUGGCUGCUCGCUGCACAGCGAGGACAGCGUGGACACGGCGGCAUCUGUGGACACGCCCAGUGAGACCACCAGGGGAGACCAGAGUGAGGAGGACCAGGGAGAAUCAGGAGGAAAGUCCAGCUCAAUGCCCCUGAGGUCCGACCCGGAUGCCGACGGCUCAGAGAGCAGCAGCGUGGGGGCAGAGCGGCAGCUACAGGCCACUCCCCCUCCCAGUGCAGACGCGGACCGCCGAGUCGCCCAGCGGAGGAGCCAACUGAGCACGCUCACCAACGCCCUGGCCACAGUGACGCACGAGAAGUCUCGGAUGGAGGCGAGUUUCCAGGCCGACAAGCGUCAGCUGAAGCAGGAGGUGGAGGAGCUGCAGGACCGCCUGGUCACUGUGACGACGCAGCAGGAGGCGGAGCUGCGCACCCUGCAGCAGCAUCUGGCCGAGAGCCGCGCUCGCAUCAUCACGCAGCAGCACGAGAGGGAGCAGGAGCAGGGAGACCACGUCCAGCAGCUGCGAGAGCUGCAGAGGAUCCUGCAGCAGGAGAGAGACUUGCGACAGGAUGCAGAGCUCCGCCUACAGGACGCCAAUGCCGCACUCCUCAUGACAUCACAGGCCGUGGACCGGGGGGCGGAGUUGGAGGUUCACCUGAACAAGGUGAGGGAGGAGAGAGACGAGCUGAGGAGGAGGCUGCAAGCCGCCGAGGAGGACCAAAAGAAACCAGAUCCCAGAGUGGACGAACUGCAGCGAGAGCUAACGAAGCUGAAAAACCACUUACAGCAGCAGUUCCACAGUGAAACCAGGAAGGCGUGCGAUGCAGAGGAGCGUGCUCGUGAGCGCGCUCAGGCGGCAGAGAUGAGGGUUGCUGGUCUGGAGCAAAGAGUCUCUGAACUCUCGGAGCUGCUGGGUUCCUGUGAGAAGACGAGGCAGAGAGACCAGCAGACCGCUCAGAGACUUCGAGACCGGAUCCUGCAGCUCGACACAGAGAACAAAACGCUUGCCAUCGCCACCUCCGGCAGGACGACCUCUGACCUCAGCUUGGACGAGUCGCAGCUGGACGUCAGCGUGCUGAAGGAGAAGCUGGAGAAGGUGAAGAAGCUGCUGCUGGCAGCUCAGAGGAACCCGGACCAGAAUAUCCAGAACCUGGCAGAGACCGCGGCGGAGCUGGGCGAAGACAAAGGCUCGGUGCUGUUCUACCAGCAGGAGCUGCGGCAGCUCAAGGACGAGUUUGAGCGCUACAAGCUGCGAGCGCAGGUGGUGCUGAAGAACAAAAACGCCAAAGAUGGCUGCCAGGCGAAGGAGCUGGAGGAGAUCCGGGACCAGCUGUCGGAGCUGAAGGAGAAGUACAUCAACCUGCGGAUCCAGAGCGACGAGGCCGAGGCCCGACACCGCCGCGAGCUGGAGGAGCAGCAGCAGCAGGCGGCGGCGCUGCAGCAGACUCACAGACAGGAAGUGGAGCGGGUGGAGGCGCUGCACCGCGACGACCUGCUGCGACUGGAGGCGGAGCUGCACAAACAGAGAGAGAGAACCAUGGCACUGCUGGACGAGAAGGACCAGGAGCUGGAGAGACUGCGGGCCGCCGCGCUCAGCUGCAGCCACGACACCGACAAGAUGGCCGCCGACGAGCACGAGUCCGGCCCGGAGAGCGAGGGUGACAUCAUCAGCCAGGCCCUGCGGCGGACGACGCCCAACGAGCCCACGCUGCUGCUGUACGCCGAGCAGCUGGCUAGGAAGGAGGUGGAGGUGGGCGGCCUGCGGCGGCAGAAGCACCGCCUGGAGGAGGACGUCCACCAGCUGCAGGCGAGGCUCAUCACUAACGGAGAGCGACACGACGAGGAGGUGUCAGAGCUGCGAGGACAACUCGACAAACUGAUGAGAGAUCAGAGCAGAGAGGGCGCCAACAUGGAGUACCUGAAGAACGUCAUCUACAAGUUCCUGACGCUGCAGGACGCCAGCGGGAGGCAGCAGACGCUCACCGCCAUCCUGACCAUCCUGCACUUCAGCCCGCAGGAGAAGCACAGCGUCAUGAGGCUGCAGGGGGCGACCUGGUGGACCGCCAAGAGGUAAUAAAAACACCUGAAGAAGAAACUGUACUGCCUGCGUUUAUUACACCAAAGCUCAGACGAUAUGAAGGGAGCCGUAGUUUCCAGUUUCCUGAUGAUUAUCUGACGUUUAAAUUGAUAGAAAACUUCAUGAAGUUUGGUUUCUAUCAGCUGCUCACUGAGCUGAGGUUCUGUCUGAACUGUACGUAGAUAUGAACAAACGGAAAUAAACGAGUGUCACUGAGUAAACUUAAAGAAAACAUUACAGAGAAAACUU